AUGCCCUACACUGCGCCGCUGAAGCCGUUGCUCUCCGCGCAACAUAUCGAAUACUCACCGGAUCACCGCGAACGACCCAACGGAAGUCGUUCAGCCUCGGGACGUCUGCAGAACUCUCGAUCCUAUUCUUCCACAUCAUAUACUCGUCGGCAUCGGAGGAGCCCUUCGAUCAAUACCAAGACCGUGCAUUCCGCCUCAGAACCCACGUCCCGUGCGUCUCCCUCCAUCGACCCACAUACCAGCCUCCGUCAGUCCCCGCCACCAGUGAACAAUGCCAUCAUUCCUACCGGGGCGGUAAUCUCGCCUCCUGAAUCGGCACCGAAUUCAAGUGAUGAGGAGUCCUCAGACAGAGGGCAGGGGGUCAAGAUGGACGAGCUCGAGGCGGCCGUCCGAUCAAUCAAGUUACGGAGGGAGAGCUCGCCGGAGAGAAUGGGCCCCAAGCAAGUAGAGGCAAAGCCUUCAUCGAGCGUGCCGAUGACGUCCGAAGCCAAGCCCAUCAAGCCGGCGCAUCCGCCAUUAUGUAAAGAAGCUCGGAAGAUCACUCACUCGCGGUCCUCCACGGAAACCGCCAUUGACAUCAGCCGGGAAGAGGCCCUGACGAGCUCGCCCGAUGAAAGUGAUGUGGAGAUGUCACCGAAGCCCCCGAUGGUCCGGAAGAAGUCUGGGGAACUGGUUCGCCCAGCUCUUCGACCGGCAUCCGCCCGGAGGCGUCCUUCGAGUAUGCCGGGUACUCCGGUGUAUUCCAAGGCGGUGCACUUCGAUGCUCAAUUAGAACAUAUUCGUCACUUCCUCCAGCUCGACCGCCCGCUCGCCGUAAGUACCGAAACGUCCCCGGUGGACAGUCACGAUGCCGAGAGCGAAUUUCCAUUUGGCCGCGGGGCCGAGUCGAAAGGUCCGUCGUGGGAUUGGGAGCUGCGGCUCUCGAAUUGGCCCAAGGAUGCUCCGUCGCCAGCCCCGGUUCGGCUGGAACGGUUGUUCUUGUCUGCGGACAAGAGCACUCUGAUCGGAACUGUGGCGGUGGCCAACCUGGCCUUCCAGAAGUAUGUAACUGCUCGAUUCACGUUGGAUUAUUGGAGGACGACAUCAGAGGUGGGAGCCACAUUCUGUCAUGAUGUUCGGCGCCAGCAGGCGGUCGAUGGAUGCGAUCGCUUUUCCUUUGACAUCAAGUUAAAUGACCAAGCGAACCUGGAGUCCAAGACCAUGUUCAUGUGCAUCCGCUAUAACGUGGAUGGCCAGGAAUUCUGGGACAACAACAACGCUAUGAACUAUCAGCUCGACUUCCACAAAGUUCUAAAGGCGGUUCCGUCCAAGCCUGCUGGUUCGUCCCGUCCUGCUCUCCCCCGUAGCCGAUCGUUCACCAGUGCCUCCCACACUCUGCCCCGUCCCCACUCAAUGCCGUCGACCUAUGACUUCGCCGACCUGGGCGACAAGGUCUCUUUUUCGGAUCCUUUCAGCGGUGCCAAUGGCGCUCCACUGACUCGGACUCCCUCGGAGGAGAUUGACACGGUCGCACCGCCCAAGCGCCGCGAGAACACUAACCGCCAAGCAUUCGGCAACCGGUACGACUUUGGAGCGUCCUUGUCUGCAGCCAUGCGGACCAAGUCCCCUCUCGAUCGGACCACCUUGUCUGCUCGUGCGAGGUCUGGAGAGACCGUGGAGUCGAAGCCGGCCAAGAAAGCUGGCUCUGAGCAAGCCCAUGCUCCCGCAGUGAGCGACACCGUCCGCAACGGUCGUGUGGAAGAUCUGAAACCUUCCUCUCUGGUAUCUAGCAAGCCGCGCCUCGAGUCUACCAAGUAUCAGGAACUGGUCGAUAAAUAUUGCUUCUUUGGCUCCGCUCCACAAGAACCAACCCCAAAGCCAGCCGUGAACGCUAAGGAGGGUGAGGCCCCGAAACACAUCGUUGUGGCAGCGUGCCUUUCACCGCCACUUUCGCCUCGCUCUCCUGCGCCCAUCAAGGCUCCUGCGGUUGAGGCUCCUCGUGAGCGCUCUCACAGUCCCCGUACCUCUCCACGGCCCUCUUCGUCCCCAAUGAACUACCACUAUUCUUUCCAUCGCGGCUUCAUGAAUGACCCCCACUCAUCGACCGUCAUUAGAGGGUGA